AUGCGAGAAUAUCGGGAUUACAUUCCUCCUGAGGCUCGGUCCCUUGACAAUCGCAGAUGGUGGCAACCUAUUGACUGCGCAAGAGAUGUCUAUAAUUACAUUCUCGAUCUCUGCGAUGGAUUCCAAACAAACCUUCCCGAGCCUUUUUUCUCCCUCACACAGUAUUGCCGGCUCGACACCAUUACCGUCCCAAAUCCCUAUCUCUAUGGAGCAGACCCUCCCUCUUCCAUCAAAGGUGGAAAGUGGUGUCGGGGUAUUGAGCUUGAAUGUGCCAGAGACAAUGGCAAGCCCACCAGUCCUUACAUGGCCCAGGCAACGCUACAUUAUUAUAACGGACGAGAGGGCUCAAUCCUUUGGGGAGAGCUCGCAGCGCUUAUUACAGCCAUGCACAACAGGGCAAUCCAGCCCGAUAUCGAUAUCCAGACUUCGAGGUCGUAUAUGGAACGAGGAUACGUUUUGAAGGAGGAACUCGGCAAUCGUCUAGCUUUUCCCCAGGAGAAACGCUUCCCAGUUGUCAUGCUUUCGUUUAUGGGCCCACAGCAUGGAAGAAUUCUCUAUGCCUUCAUGGAUGGGGAGCAGUUGGUUCUCCGACAAUCUAGGCUUUUUAGUUUCGAACGAAAGGCCAAUGCUCCAUUUGCGCUAUUUCAGCGUAUUUUGCUGAGCCAUCCUAUCGCUGAACGCUGA